UUUUUGUUCUUUCAUCCGCAGUCCGUGCGAUCGCGUUUUCCAGUUUUUCCAUCGUACUGAUUUUCCUCGCGAGUAAUUCCGCUUUUCCUCGGUUGUUUUCCGCAGAUUCCUUGAUUUUCCGUCGUUUCCAUGCCCUUUGCCGGUUGUGCGUCGCGGUCAGCGUAAAACUGUGGUCAUUAGGCAUCUCACGGUAACCUGGAUUAUGAUAAUCCGCACCAGCAGCGAAAAAAGGAGCAGUGUCAAACACUCCCGACGACGGGGCGUUCCGCGUUGACGACUGUCGACGGCGAAGAAUUUGUUUUGCCUUUGGUUUUUGUUUUCUGUUUGCGGUCUGUGCUCUUUUGUUAUUGUGCGAGUUUUUCGAAUUCUCUGCACAAUCUGCUGAGGUUUGGUGGUGGUACGAGUGGGCUGGCGCUGAGCGAGGGGAAUAAGAGGAUUGACCUUUCGGGUUGAAAUUGGAAAAAGGUUCUGUGUCGUGUGGAAUUCAGCUGUGAAAAACUGCCGUGUCCGGGGUAGCAAUGUGGAAGUGCCACAAAUGUGGAAAACCAGUGUUUUUCGCUGAGCGAAAGCAAUCUCUUGGUUACGACUGGCACCCGGAGUGUCUAAGGUGUGAGGAAUGCGGGAAGCGGUUGAAUCCGGGGCAACAUGCCGAGCACAAAGGCGUCCCGUACUGUCAUGUGCCUUGCUAUGGGGCCCUGUUUGGACCGCAGCUGUUCGGGCACGGCACACGUGUAGAGUCGCACAAAAGCUUCGGCCAACCGGAGCUCAAAAAGCAAGCAAUCACCCGUUCUCCGGCGGGACCCGCAGUGCCACGAGGACACCUCGAAUCCAAACUCAAAUCAUUCAACCAGUUCUACAACAGUAAAAGUCAGGAAGUUCGCAGCAGGGAAGUUAAUGGUCGGUUGGUAAUGGAAGGUGCGCUGAGGAUCUACUGGGGAGUUCAGGGAAUAAUCCAUUUGAAGGAAGACGACGAUCAGCGGACGGUGGUCACCGUUCGGAAGCGAAAUUCCUAUCGGCUAAGCAAUCCCAGUUCGAUGGUUUCCGCCAUGCAGGACAUGGCGACAGAAGACAAAGAGAACUACAACCCGGAUCGAAGCGAUCCGAUGAGUUCCAGUUUAACGGAGGGCCCAGACAAUAACGAUACCACAACGAUCUCGGAAAGCAUUUCCUACGACACACUGAGCAUAUCGUCAGACCUGAACUCGAUCAGCUCGUCGAAGCCAAACUCUGGGGAAAAUUCGAAAGAAGUUUCCCCAAGCCAUUCGAACGGAACGAAUGGAGCUGCAAAAUACGUUACACUGCCACCAAAGUUGGACGUCAAACAAUUGGAAUGGGACGAAAUCGACGAUUUGCUACAGGUUGAGCGAAAAGUCGACGAAUCGGAGCGAAUCUACAGAACAAUGCCAUCGCCACUACCGUCUCAAAUGGAAGACCGAAGCGACAUCUCAGAAAGCGUUACGGAUACGGAUUACAAAACGCUCACCCCUCAAACAGUCACCAAUUCAUCGUCUUCGACGGAUAGCAACAAGACUACGACGGCCACUACGCUGAAUGGCGAAGAGGACUUUCGCACGCCGGAAGGCACACUGAAGUCGCAUGACUUCGAGGCGUUCAAAAUGCAGAUCAGCCAGGAGUUUAUCAACGGGGCUGCAGAUCUGGGCAAUACGGAGGGAACGCUCAAAUUAAAUCAACCAAUCGAUCCGGCCAGGAUCAACGAUUCACUCAAGCUGUACAACGAAUCGGUAAUGAAUCGAAGCCUGUCGGACGAGCAGUGUCGGAAUGUGUUUUCGCUGCCGCAAGGAAAUAUAACAGAUUCAUUUCAUGUGGUUAACGAUGACACACUCAAGCAUCCGGACAAUCAGAGCCAUUCUAAAUUUUCCUCCCCGGCCAAAAAAGCCCUGCAGAAUGGCGGCAGCAAUGGGCGCACAAAAGUCACUUAUCAGCGACAUCAAUCCGAUUCGGCCUCAGUGACGUCCCCUGGAACCGACUCCGACAGCUGGACGGGCGAUCGAGGUCUGCUACGCUCCAAAAGUCAAGGCAACAAUUAUUCCGGCAACAGUUUUAUGGACAGCGAUGAUGAAGGAACGGAAACGCUGAAAGCCUCGGAUCGACCGCAGACUUCGAUUCACAUCAAGAUGGACUGCUACGACGAACUCGAUCAGCAGGAGGACCAUUUAGUUAACGGAGAUGUGGUUAGCCCUACGGACGAUAGCAUUACGACGGUCAGUUUUACGACAACCGCUGCGACGACGACGACGACGACCACUACGGAGGAUGGUGUAGUGUUACGGAAACCUCCGAAGACAGGUUCAACGGCAAUCAAGAGGCGUUCCGGCAAUCGACGAUCCCGCACAAAGCUGAAGCGAAGAUGUUCCAUCAACGGGCAUUUCUACAACCGUGAGACUUCAUUCUUCACGCCGCCACAUGGUUCGCUGAUGAACGUGUGGGUGACGUCGCUGGUCAAUACUCAAGAGGUGAUCAAUCUGCUGCUUGAAAAAUACAAGGUGGAAAGCCGAGCGGAAAACUUUGCACUGUUUGUGAUCAAGGACAAUGGAGAGCAGAAGAAACUGAAGGAAGAUGAUUACCCACUGGUAACGCGAGUUAUUCUGGGACCUCACGAAGAUAUUGCCAAGCUGUUUCUGAUGGAUGGUCAGCAAACGCCGGAAAUCAGUAGUGAAGUGGCUCAGUUUCUGAACCUUUCGAUACCAGAGUGCCGGGCUAUCUUGGAACGUUACCAUGAAGAGGAACAACGAGAAUUGUUUCGGAUAAGAACGAAAUACGCCGAACUUCGUCGAAGGAUAGUGCAACGGAUGGAAUCGCUGAAAGUCAGACUGUAGGCCGCACUGUCGUGAUACUGCGUGUGCAAACGUGUCGUUGUGUCGAAUAUAUCUAACAGGAGAUCAAAAACUCAAAGCAAAGCGGGGAAAGUAGGUAGUAGUUAGCCGGGGGAGUAUUAUGUUAACGAUAGGCCAAUAUGUGUUGAACAACUCGAAUCGUGGUCAUUUAAGUCAAAGUAAUCAUUACUUUAUUAGUAAUAGAAUAGCGGCAAAGAUGCGGGGAAUAAUUCCUCACAUCCCACGUACCGUUGAAAUCUAAUCAAAUAAUUUAUUAGAGGAGCUUCGAAGUAAGAUGAGUACAUUUAAAUAUGCAAAUCAGUAAUCAAUUAUUUAACCUUACGCAAUCAGCUGUGUAAAACUAAUCAUAUUAUAUUUUCUAGGGUAUUUAAAAAACAGGUCGAUAACUUCCUUAUAGGACAAUGUUUCUCGAAUUUCAUAGCGAUCAGUAAUUUUGCCUGUUGAUAUUUUCGUUUUUUGGAAGUAAAGUAAUAAUUGCCAUUUUAACUCGA